AUGAGUGUCCGAACCUUCAGCGCAUCAGUCCGGAUCGGGAACUGGAAUGAGGAUGUUUCCCUGGAUGAGGAUCUCUUGAAGGAUUUUUUUUAGAAAAAAGAGAAAAAGGGGAAUUGCUUUUGCAAAAGUCCAGUCAUUUCAAGAAAAAUGUUUUGCAAAAGGCGGAGCUUUCCAUCUCCAAGGACGGCUUUCUCCACUUUGGUGAUGCAGUUAUGCUGCUGAAUCCAGAGAACAGCGAGCAGUCAUUAAGUAACCCAUCCCCGGUAUGUGGGAACUACACCGUCUCAGCUAACCCAGAUGAUAGUGCUUUACAUUUAAAGAGCCACCUAACAGCACCGUGUGGCGUCAGUGGCAGCAGCAAUGUCAAGCCAUGUGCCAGGAAUGCUUUCAUUAUAACAAGUGUGGAUGGCAGUGGACAUGGGAAGCCUCUACAUUAUGGACAGAACUUUGCCUUAAGGACAACAGAUGGUUUCAUGGGACAUUUAUAUCUGACAAGUGACCAAAAAACAUUUCUAAAAAGCAGUAAGAAAUCUCAUUUGCAAGAAGUUAGCUUAACAGAUCAGCCAUCAUAUGAAACCUGCUGGCAGUUUGUCUAUUUGGAUCCACAAAUGAGAAUGGAACAUGAAGGAUUCCCUGUUCCAGCAAAUGCAAAACUCCUCAUUGUCCACAGCAAAACAAACAGAUGUCUCGCUGUUCUCAGGAAAUACAUCCUAUGGACUUUAUUUGGCAAGGAAUGUGAAGUCACUGCCCACACAUACUUAAAUGGUCACAAGGCUGAAGAAAAUGAAAAUCAUUGGAUCAUAGUUACGGGGAACCCAAGCGAUGACAUAAAUACCAUGUUUGAUAGACCUAAGCCACCCAGUGAAGAAAUGAAUAAAAACAAAUGUGUUCAUUAA